AUGUUGAUAUCUAUUUGUGUUAUUCUGUGUUUCUUGAUACUCAUAGAUGUUCUCACGAAACAAAUAACUUAUACAGAACCAAAACCGUUGGAACAACCACUCGCUACUUACAAACCUGACUCGUACACUCGAGUAGUUCGAGAUAAUGUGCAGUAUUACAUAAGCGAACGUUGGAUCCCUUCUGUUCAUGCAAAGUUUACACUUUUACCAAUCGAACGGCUGGCCUUAUGUCAAAGCGAAACCAGUGCAACCACCACUUUACUCAAUUUCUUCUGUUUCUCUCAGCUUUUCCAUUCUCACAAGAAUGAAUCACUACAUGAGAGUUUCAACAAUGAUUGCAUCGGGAAGUCUGAAAUGCUUGCUACAGCCGAUAUUUUUCUCAAGAUUCCUGGUGGUGUCAACAUCUUAUUUUUAAUUGAAGAGCCGUUCCGAAGGUUUGCCCAAGCCUUCCGUAGGCUGUGUUUAGAAAAUAUACAACAACAUCCGCAGAUAUGUUUUGGUUGCGGGAGUGAUAUCGCUUGUGUAAUUAAUAAAUUGCCAUCUGCAUUGAAGAAAUGGAAUGAUGGGACCGAAAGUAACUCGAUAUAUAGUCUCGAGAAAGUAUACUUCUCUCCUCAGUCCUGGAAUUGCGGACUGAUGAACACGUAUGAAAUGACUACUUUCAUUAGAUUACAAGAUAAGACAGAAGAACAUGCGAUACCGUCGCAAGUAGAGAGCAUACUUUUGGGUUCCGGAGUUAAUUCAAGCUUGAUCGAUGAGUUCAAUAAUUUGGUGAAUUAUAGUUCUGGCAAGAUCUCCCCGAUCGAACGGAAUAUAUCAUACAUUCUUUAUUCCGCAAAAGAUUUGAAAAACAAACUGAAGCACAUUUACAGAGAUGAUUUCGAACUCUUUCAUUCCACUGUCUAG